AUGACGGAUACCAAGCAACGACUGGUUAGUUUACUUACCAUUCUGUCUGUUAGAGCAGCUCGAUUGCUUAUUAUGUUCGAGCAAUGUAUGCCGUCGUCUUUGAACCCUAAGAGAACACCGUUGUGUAUGGCUGAAAGAAAUGAAUUUGCUCGUGCACUAAUUGAACAGGAAUACCAAGAAUCCUAUUCAUUCGACGAAAUUCUCCACUGCCGAAACAUUAUUAAUUCCAACAUCAUUAGUAAAACAGAGAUGGGCGUUGGUAUUGAUUUAAAAGCGGCAAUUGAUCGUUUCAAACUGCAUCAUCCAACUAAUACCUACAUACAGAAUCUUAAUAUUUUGUCCCUUCUUCCUUAUCGAACACAAUGUAAUAAUUUGCGUAAUGGUAUUGAAUGUGGCAAUCAACUUCGACUGGAUCUGCACAUGACUGCUUAUGUCGUUUACCCAACGAGUAUUCAACCGUGCACCUUGUAUAGUGCUGAUUGCAGAAAAUGCAACCGAAGUUAUCGAGUAUCGUCAAUAUACUGCAUAAAUGAGCGAAAAUUUAUCAUUACUCCAGAAGCUCUGCAUAAGAAUCAAUAUUUUCAUUUAUCAUCUGGCAAACUCGUGUACUCAAGAGAAAUGCUCGUCUCUUUCUCUUCAGAUCUUGUUAAUGGGCAUAUUAGCUUUCAUGGUGCUGGUACAUCACUUUUGUCGAAAAUUGAGCGACUGCAGCCUGAACUUCUGGUGAAAAAGUUUGAUGUGGUGCAGUUGACCAGAUCAUUGGAAGCUCAUUGGAUUUACUUCGAGUUAUUUCGUCUGAUGUUUAUGGCCAGUUCAGAAAAUGAAAUUACUGCGCCACGAGCUCUCUUUUCUGCACGGAAUACAGUUGCAGCUGGUGACCAAAUGAAUGCAAAAGCACAAUUCUUAGAAGAACAUUUAGAUUUGAUAUACAAUAUAUUUAGUGUUUUUUGGUCAAAUCAUGACUUAAUAGCAGAAUGUCGAUGUGAAAAAUCAAUGUGCUGCAAAGUAUUGAUUGUUGACGGCCAUCAAAAACCUCGUCGAACAAUUUGCCGUUACGAUAAUGUUACAUCUCUCAUAAAUGAAGAAGAACUCGGUCCGUGCAACAGAGGUUGUCCAUAUCAACCGAGAAAACGAACAAAUAUUCAUACCGCUAAGAAUAAGCCAUCCCCAUUUUAUUGCAUUUAUCAUCAAGAUUUGACUGACAAGCAGUCAGCCUAUGCUGAAGAAGAUUGCAAUCGAGACCGAGCAUGGUUGGCACAAUUGAAAGAAAUGAGAGAUCAGAGCAAGCAAACGGAUGGCAAUGAAAUGGAUGAACAAUGCAACGUGAUCAGAUUAGGUGACGAUGAAGAGCUCGAAAAUAAGCGCAAAAAGCAUGGGCUUCUUAGCAUCUUUUUAUCAUGCGGCGUUGUGAUUGGAUUUACCGAACCAAUAAACCAUGAGGGUGUACGAAAGAUUACUGACCAUCUAUUAACUAUGAUCAAAAUGGGUGUCAAAAUGCCGAACGCAUUAAUUUACGAUUCAGCGUGUAAUCUGAAGUUAUUCUGGAACAAAAACUUCGGUAGCGUCCAUUUGAAAGAAACUCUGUCAAGUAGGAUCUUAUACAAUAUGCGAAUUGCUGUGGAUCGAUUUCAUAUAAAAAACCAUGUGCAUAGCAUGUGCAAAACAAUUACUAAUCCCGACUGUCUAUUAAAUGGUAAUGAUGAUAUUUACAAUGGAAUCAAUACAGUUCUGGCAGAGCAAUCGUUUCGUUAUCUAACCGAGUUUAAACUUUCGAUACGUCGCUUGGCUUAUCCUACCUCAACCAUGUUUAGCAUAUUAUUGUUGCAUCUAUGGAACUGUCGUAAUACAAAGAUAUCACCUGACUGUCUUGGUUUAGCAAGCAAAUACUUUCGUGAAAAAGUCAAACCAUUAUUUCUUACAUAUUGUAUAUUCGAAACAACACAACUGUAUCAGAAGAAAUCUGGUUCAACGUUCUCGUCAUCAUCCUGUUCUGAAGACCAAGUUGAUGAACAAGAUGAUAAAAUGGAUGUGGAUGAUGAUCUCGGACAAUUGGACUAUGAUUGUUUUGUAAAGUUAGAACAAUUUGCUUGGGAUUCCGAUGAAGAAAACAACAACAGCGGUGAUAUCUAA